GGCUGCCCGGAGCGAGGGGAGCAAACGGGGAGAGAGAGCGCCGCGUCUCCUCCUGUGAACCGACGGCUCUAAGCAUCAGCUUCCCGCAGCGACAGACGGCGACCCUUUGGUGGUGUGCGUAGGCGCACCAUGGCCCAGACCCUCCAGAUGGCGAUCCCAAACUUUGGCAACAACGUUUUAGAGUGUCUGAACGAGCAGCGGCUGCAGGGCCUCUACUGCGAUGUCUCCGUGGUGGUCAAAGGCCACACCUUCAAGGCUCAUCGAGCUGUCCUGGCUGCCAGCAGUUCUUAUUUCCGGGACCUUUUCAGCAGCAACGGCGACGGCGGCGGCAUCGAGUCGAGCCCGACCGUCGUGGAGCUCCCGCCGGCCGUGCAGCCCCAGAGCUUCCAGCAGAUUUUGGCUUUCUGCUACACGGGCCGUCUCAGCAUGACGGUGGGGGACCAGUUCCUCCUCAUGUAUACCGCCGGCUUCCUGCAGAUCCAACAGAUCAUGGAAAAAGGCACCGAAUUCUUCCUUAAGGUAUCCUCUCCCAGCUGCGACUCCCAGGGCCUCCAUGCAGAGGAGGCCCCAACCUCGGAGCCCCAGAGCCCAGUGACGCAGACCAGCAACAGCGCCGCCCGGCCCGCCUCCUGCCUGACGCCGCUGCCUCUGGUGUCCCGAGUGAAGACGGAGCAGCCGGCCAGCCAGCCGGAAGCAGCCACUCCGUACUCUGUGGUCUGCACUCCCGUGGCCAAGCGGCUGUGGGAGGGUGGCAGCAGCCGGGACACGGGUGGGGUCGGCUCGGGAGGCGGAGGAGGGGCCAGGAAGGCGGCCCGGUAUUCCCAGGAGGUGGUGCGGGGCAGCGCCAUCCAGAGCCCCGGAGCCCUUGGACUGGCCAUGGGCAUGGGCGCCACCACCACCAGCCUGGCGGGGAUGGUGGCCAGCGGCGGGGUCAGCGGCAGCGCAGGCACCAACGGCAGCUCCGCAACGGUGCUGGGCAUGUCGGAGGGCGCCAGUCCCGGCACCCUGAGCACCUACGCUAGUGACUCACCCAUCAGCUACCACGAUGACGAGGAAGAAGAGGAGGGGACAGAUGAAUGUGCUGAAGAGCAGUAUAGGCAAAUCUGCAACAUGUACACCAUGUACAGCAUGCUCAACAUGGGAGCUGCAGCAGCUGGCGAGCGUGUGGAGGCGCUGCCAGACCACACAGAGACGCGGGGUCGGAUGCGAGGCCGAGAUCUCACGUGUCUUCCCGCAGAACUCAUCGCUCAGAUAGGAAACCGCUGUCAUCCCAAACUGUACGAGGAAGGAGACCCUGCUGAGAAACUGGAGUUAGUCUCAGGUACUUCUGUGUAUAUAUCGCGAGCCCAACUCAUGAACUGUCACGUGAGCGCGGGGACCAGACACAAGGUGCUGCUGAGGAGGCUGCUGGCCGCCUUCUUUGACAGGAAUACUCUGGCCAACAGCUGCGGAACCGGCAUCCGCUCGUCCACCAACGACCCGAGCCGCAAACCCCUGGACAACAGAGUGCUCCAUGCAGUCAAAUUUUAUUGCCAGAACUUCGCCACCAGCUUCAAAGAGAGCGAGAUGAACGCCAUCGCCGCCGACAUGUGCACCAACGCCCGCCGCGUGGUCCGCAAGAGCUGGAUACCCAAGCUGAAGCUGCUGAUGGCCGAGAGCGACGCCUACACCGCUUUCCUCCCCGACGGCGUCAAGACGGAAGACGACGCGCUGGGAGCGGACCCCGCCUUCGACCCGGCCUCGCUGGAGGCCACCGGCGGCGCGGGCAUGGAGUCGGGCGGCUCCUCAGGUGAAUCGCUAACCGGCGUGGGCGGGGACGGAGGACCGUUAUUUUGAACACUGUGUCCAGUCGGGGCGGGGGGAGGGGAAGGUUGAGUUUUGAUGACGCACAUACCAGUAUUCCCCAGUUGUGCUUUGCCUCCUCACUCUUUGGCUGAUCUCUCACAUCUUGACUGUCUAUACUACACUGCUAGGGGUCGUCGCCCUGAUGUAACCAGGACGUGAACAUUUUGUUGCUUUAUGACUGUAUAACGGAGUUAGUGGAGAAAAAGGGAGAGCGUAGGGGAGUCUUUUAGUUCGCUCCUGACUGCCCUCUGCCUCCCCUUGUCUUUUUAAGGUGUGUAAGCGCAUCCACUGUUGCAAAUUAAAUACAUUCCCUGAGGUGCGGGUGGUGGGGGGGAGUUACCGGGGCAGCCUGAGGAGGAAGGAGGGACGGGAGUAAAGCUGACCAGUGUGUUGAAUGUAAGCGUCGGUGGCAUUUCUCUCUAUGCAAGCCUGACAACUUGUGCUCCAGCCUCGGGAAAAGGAACUAAAUUUAAAGUAGAUCCAUUAUUAAAACAAAUUAACACUACCUGUUCUUCCUCCCCUUGCAUCCUCCACUCAUCACCCUGCAAGUAUCCUUCAACCCACCUCACCUUCCUCGAGACCAGAGAAUCUCACUUGAGUGUUUCACUGUGCGGUGUCUUAUAGAAAUAUAUCUCAUCUUUCUCUGUUUUCUAAAUUUUUAGCAUGUUGUUCUCUGUCUACGAACUGAAAAACAAAUAACAAAGUGAUCCAGAGAGGCGGGGGAGACGGCUUUUUACUAAGAUGAUUGUAAAGUAAAUCGAAGGGCAACAGGUAAUCAAAGAUGGUCAUAUUUUUAGAAGACAAACUAUAUUUAUACAAGUGCCCAUGCCUAGAGCGGUGUGAGCGAAGAGAGCGAGAGGGAUUGUUUUAAAAUCUCGAUAUUCAGCUUUUAUUGAAAGAGGUACCGUCGAAUAGGGUUAAAGUGCUAUUUUUGCAGGAGUAUAAUAAAGCAGUCUUAUCAUAGGAACCUCUGUCAUUUAUUUUUAUCUUUAUCUUACAGUGAAAGUGAUGGAAUGAGCAGUUGAACUGCUAAAUUUGACACAUUUCAUCUUCUGUUCACUCGCUUAAAAGGAUUAAUAAGACUGCUUCGGCUGGCUUGACUGUGUCUGUGAUGUCCGUGUCUCCUUAGAUUGUCAACCUGCAACAUUUGUCUCCUUUGAUAAAGACAUUGGCCCAUAAUUUUGAAGAUUGCUUGUAGAAAUUUAAAGGUUAUACUGAUCUGACAACUUAGCUAGUUUUGUCUUUGUGCUAAAAUUAUUGAAAAGAGGGGAAAAAAAAAAAAAAAGUGACAUUUUGCACCAACGCAGAUGUCACGAGGAAUACUUACGGGAUAUUGGAACGUGCCUUUUUAAUUGAAAUCAAUAAGCAGAAGCUGGUGGGUACAGUGAUGUCACAAGGAGGCAAUAAAAGCAAACAGGCUUCACGACGAGGCGGGUCUGCGCUGUGCAGACGCGUCUCUCCAAACCUACGUUUGUUCAUGUAUCCGACGCACCACCUCUUGUAAUCUGGAAAUUCAAAAGUGGAGUUUGAAACGAUUUUGCACCUUCCAUGAGCAGUAGAGAAGUGGUUUCUGCACCUUAAAGAGAAGAACCAGUGGUUCGAGCACCUUCUUGAGAAAUGUUGUGUAGCAAUCAAACCCCUUAAGGUGGAAUUUGUCUUUUUUUUUUUCUUUUUUUUUUAUUUCCAUGCCUGCUUGUGUUUCUUGUUUAGACGUGGCACAAACUGCAACUGUAAAUAAUCAAGAAGACUGUUGAGUUAAAUCCCAAGUGUUCUUCCUUCUUUCUGUUGCUGGAUGAUUAACUGACCUUUGUUUUGUUUUUUUUAUGUGAAAGUUGGUGUUUGCUAGAACCCUUUUUAAUGCACGUGCCGAGUCAGUUCAGGGGAUUCAGUGUUCCCGUUUCAGGUGGAUAAAAAUGGAAGUCGUCAGGGUUUUGACUUGGAAUGUGUUCUUUAACUGAAACGACUGAUUUCUUUCUCCUUCCGGAAAGGCAAUUCUUAAAAAGGUUCUAUUUUUCUGAAGACGGGUACAGAGUAAAAGCUAGCGAGGAGUAAAUGCUUCCUAUCCGAGGCAGCGGAGUUAGAAACUGCUCUCAGUCUUACAGAAAAACAAUAACUCCAAGCAUGAUGGAUGCAUUAUGACUAUUUUUGUUAGUGUCUAACAUUACAGGAUGACUUGACUUUGGGUGGUUUAACUGGGAGAGUUUAUGGACAGAACAAAAAAAAAUGAAAUAGAAUAAAAUGCAGUACCUUGUGAGUAUUCAGUAAUAACAGAAAAACCUCAGUUUAGCAUUCGACUGUAGAUGCCACACGAGCACCACCUCCCCCACAUACCUCUACAGUAUCUCUGAAGACUGUUGUGCUUUCUGUCCUCCGUGCAGCUGGUGUCGUGUUUCACUUCCACAAGUUUAUUCAUGUGUUUCGGAGGGAGGCGGUUUUAGGUGGUUCCGUCUGAAUCACGAUACGCAUCUGUAGGAGAGCGUGUCGCAUUUUUUGAGCGCGACGACACCAAAGUCAGUCUCUGCCAAGUGUUUUGAAGUGAAAAGACAGCGAGUCCCCUGCGAAAAAGAAAAGAACGAAGCAAUGAAUGAAUUUCUUGCAGUGCUGCAAAGCGACCGGCUGAGCAGCUUCUGAGUCGAGCGCUAAAUUAUCACCACUGAAUCGACUCAACCAAAACCAGAAGCGACCCGGUGAGGACGACUCGCCUCACCAGCUCAGACUACUUCUAAACACUGGUUCAGGGCAACAGCGUGGACUUCAGCUGGAAAUAAGCGUAGUUACGGUACACGACAGGAUUUUUAGUUAGCUUUCAGGGCCAAUCCAGUAAACCUCGCCGACGUCCAAAAAGUCCCUCGCUCGCGGCCUUCUUGCACAGUGCUUCAUCUUCAAUGGGUGCGCGAGUCCGUUUUACUUUGAGAACAGAAAGCGUUUUGGGUUUUGUUUUUUUUCAGCACAUUGAAAAGCAAACUGUAACUUCUGUAGCUUGUUUACACUUCACACAACAUGUAGACCUACACACUUGAAUGGAUAAGGUGUGGCACGGCAUGGGGAACCUUUUGUCACUAAACAGUACAUAUAUAAAUAUGAUUAUAUACAUGUAUAGAUAAAUACUGUAUAUUAUAUAUAGACGCACACAUAGAUUGUUUGUGGUGCACUCGCAGCAUGAGGUAUAUAUUUACCCAGAAACAGUGCUUCUUCACAGCCUGUGCAGUAAGUGGUCGGCCCAUGUCUUUGCCCCUGCUCCUUGCCCUCUGUAACCCUGUAGCACCAGUGGACCUCCUGUACCGCUCAUCCUCUUCUUUCUGUGUUCCAAGUGCCAAUAACUUCUUCGUGAAAAGCCCUGUAACUGUGACCCGACAUUAUCAAAGGUAAUUGCACAUUAACGACUGUAAAAUAAAUAAAUACAAAUCAUAGAGAAAAAUGUCAAAAAUGGAUUAAAUAAUGAAUAUCUUAAUAAAAAGAUUUGUAACAAUUUC